AUGGAUCUUCGAGACACUCUUACAGGAAGACAUGAAUAUCUUACCUCGUACAACCGAACCCCCGAAAACGCUAUACAAAACCUGCGGUCCCUUUGUGCCGUGAAUGACUUGGAUUCUUUCCAGUCUACACUCGCGGAACUUCGCACGCACCCUGACCGCUUUGCUAUUAACGACCUUGGGGAAGUGUUGAGUGACGCAAUAGAACACAACAAGAGUGAUUUCGCUUCCAAGCUUUUACAGUAUGGCUAUCCAAUAGUCGGUCUCCAUGCGAAAGAGGCAAUUUUCUAUAAGUCCAAGGAUGUUUUAAUGGUAUAUCUUGAGGCGGGCUGGGAUAUUAAUGAUCCAAUUGACGAAAUUUCCCCCCUAUACUUAGGAGCAACUAGCUAUGCUGUACUUGACCGAGAUUUGACAGCUUGGCUUCUUGAUCGUGGGGCAAAUCCAAAUCAGCGGAGUACGGUAGACUGCACCCCAUUAUCGUAUGCCGUGCAGCUUGCAUCUAUGAGUGUUAUACGUCUGAUGCUGGAGCGUGGAGGUGACCUGCUUAAGGGACAGCUUCUCCAAUAUUGCGUUUACCGGGAAGAUGACGUGAUUGACGUGUUGUCCCUUCUUCUUGAGAAAGGGGCACCUAUAAAUGCAACAAUGAGCAAGGAUCGACUCACCUUUGUGAGAUGGUGGGUUUAUGGCCUCGGAACGGCUUUGCAUAUUGCCGUGCAGCUUGGCAAAUUUGAUGUAAUCCGAUACUUGAUGGAAUCGGGGGCAGACAUGAAUGUGAAAGAUGCCCUUGGACGCACGGCAUUGGAACUCGCAAAAGUCAAAAACCAGAGGAAUUUCGUGGCAUAUCUUGAAAAUUGGAGUCGAGACUCAAAGCUCUAG